AUGUUGCAGUAUCACUUUGCUCUUAAUGGAGAUUCUCUGAAACUGAAGAACCGUUUGAAGCUAUUCAAAUCCAUUUGGCCCACACUUGCCUUGCAUGAUGAGCUGAUGGACUGUCAUAGUCAAUGUAUUGAUAGUUAUUCUUUUUGCCAGUCUUUCAACAUAAUCAAUCAAGUUGUCGCAAAGAUAUCACUUUGUAAAAUGUUACUUUUUCAUGAUGAAGAAGGUGGGGAUUUGAAAGAGGUUUCUCUGGAAAUGCAAAACAAUUUGAAAGCAUCUAGGAUACAUUUCAUAAAUGUUUUGGUGAACAUUUGGCAGCUUAUUGUUCAGAAAUUUUCUUUAUCCUCUGAUCAGUCUGGAACAGGGAAAAGCACAAGCAUUUCGUUGCUAUAUAAUCACUUGGAAGUUUUUGUGUUAACAACCAUUCUUGAGUUGGCUGUAGAGAUACAAAGUGAUCUUAUUCAAUCACAAUCCAUUACUUUCCUUGAGAUAUUAUUCAAGUAUGCUCUUCUCUAUAGGUUAAGUGAUCCUAAGACAAUGAAAACCCUCCAGGUUAUAUUAACUCGGCUCAACGAGGGGAGGCUAUCAUAUGAUUUAUACCUUCAGUUAUUACUUGCUCACUCUCAGAUUGCUCCCACUCUCCAUUCAGCGCGCAGACCAGCUGAAAAUAAUGUGAAGCACAAGGUGCUAACAACCAAGCUCUCUAAAGGACCAUUGGAAAUUGUUAAAUUGCUUUGGAUAAUCUUAUGGACAAAAGCUCGUGAAACUGAUUUAGAUUCUCAAAAUGAGAUUGGCAUAAAUUUAAAAGAGCUUCAUGCACUAUUGAGUUAUUCAUAUGGUGCAACACUCAGUGAGAUUGAUUUGGCAAUAUACAAUGUGAUGAAACAAGUUGAGUCCUUGACUGGAUCAUGCCCUCAGAAUGUAAAGUUAAAUUCAGAAGCAAUUGAGGAAUGGACCAGAAGUCAGCAAAGGGACAACUUUCCAAUUGAUCCAGACAUAUGUGUGUCAACAGUGCUCUUUUUUCCUUAUGACAGAAGUACUUCUGAUAAAGUUCCAUCUGUAAACAAGAUUGAAAUUGACAAUGCCAGGAAAAAGAUACAUUCUUCUCAUGUUGAAGUCAGAGAACGUUGCGAUCCUGUAUUUAUCUUGCAAUUCUCAAUUCAUGGCCUGUCUAAAGCAUAUAUAGAGCCUGUAGAGUUUGCUGGAUUAGGUUUGCUUGCAAUUGCAUUUGUUAGCAUGUCUUCUGCAGAUCAUGGGAUACGAAGAUUAGCUUAUGACACACUUGUUAUAUUUAAGAAUGUAUUAGAGAAAUGCCAAAAGAGGAAGGAUGUAAUGGGACUCCGGCUUCUAAUGAAUUCUGUUCAAAACAGUAUUGAAGAGUCAUGGCGAAGAAUCCCAUCGGUUAUUGCUUUGUUUUCUGCAGAGGCAUCUUGUGUAUUAUUAGAUUCCUCGCAUGAUCAUUAUGCAGCUAUAUGCACGUUCUUGACACAGUCUUCUACGAUGAAUAUGAAGGAACUUCUACCAUCAGUUGUAUCUGCUCUAUGUCUCCUAACUUUUGGUGCCUCUAAUUUACAAGUGGGAGGAACCAUUUUAUUGCAAGACUACGAUACUAUCAUAUCAUCAAACUCUUUAAGGGUACGAUGCCCUCUUGAAGCUAAUCCAGAUUGGAGAUGGUCGUUUUACCAGCCAAGGAAGGAUCAAUCACUGGAGUUCACUGGCACUGGUACAGAAAACAUGGCAGAAUAUCAUGCUUGCCAAUCUCUGUUGGUGAUUGUUGCAAAUGUGCUUGGUGGAAAGAAAUUAGAGUCAGCUUGUUUGUCCCCUCUAGAUGUUGAGAUAUCUUCCUUAAUCAAAUGGGAAAGAAGUUUAUUGAGAAACUGGAUGUUUAUAAUCAACCCAUGUUCUGGGCCAUGUAUUUGGUGCAUUCAACUAGACCCAACCAGCCAAACCCAAUUUGAUAACCCGAAUGAUUCAAAUAUAGAAGAGAUGCCCAUUGUACUGACAAGGGUAAGUUUAAAACUGAGCUGCACACUAAUACAAACGCUAGCAAUCAACACAAGACUAAGCUUGGUGGGAAGGCUGAAACUUCAAAACGGAAAUUUAUCUAAUCAGAAUAAAGAGGCGGUACAAGUUGAAUUAACUGACAAAUGGUAUCCUAAUAUGCCAUUUUUGGAUGUUCCUUUGUUAAAGCAGCUGGCUGCUGAAGGAAUUGUUUGUAGGACAGAAGCUUGA